AUGGUUUUACUUGAGGCCAAAGGGCUUCUCCUGGUCUCUAGCGCAUUCCCUCUGCUGGCUGCUGUGCUGUUGUUGCUGUUGGUCUAUCUUUGCUCCACUGGUGUGAGCAAGCCAAGGAAUGGAACGCAACCUCCAGGACCCAAGCCACUGCCUCUUCUGGGUAACCUGCUGCAGCUGGAUCUGAAGAAGCUCCAUGAGUCGUUAUGUGAGCUCUCCAAGAAGUAUGGGUCUGUCUUUACAAUUCACUUUGGGCCUAAGAAAGUGGUUGUCCUAGCUGGAUACAAGACUGUUAAACAGGCCCUUGUGAACCAUGCAGAAGAGUUUGGGGACAGAGAUAUCUAUCCUAUGUUUCAUGAUAUCAACAAAGGACAAGGAAUUAUAUUUUCCAAUGGAGAGAACUGGAAAACAAUGAGACGUUUUGCCCUCACAAACUUGCGAAACUUUGGGAUGGGCAAGAGAAGGACUGAGGAACAAAUUCUAGAUGAGACACGACACCUGAUAGAAGUAUUUGAAAAAUUAGAGGGUACAGCAUUUGAUACGACUCAGCCAGUGAACUGUGCCGUAUCUAACAUCAUCAGUGCCAUUGUAUAUGGCAGCAGGUUUGAGUAUGACGACCCCAGGUUUAAGGACAUGGUCAAAAGAGCCAGCGACAACUUUGUUGAUCUGGGGUUAUUUUAA